AUGUCAAUUAGCAAUUUGCAAAAAUGUACAAUUUGUCUUAGUAACGUUGAUAGAACAACCCAUGGAUAUUUACGCCAUUUACGACAAGUACACGGAAAUGAUCAUUUGUUUAACACAAGUUGUCCAUUAUGUGAUUCUAAUUUUAUAUAUACCAACUUGAAAUCUUUCAUAAAUCAUUUUCGAAAACAUGAUUUUAACUCUUCCGGUCAAGAUCAUUCAUCAUUAUCAUUGGCUCCACCUUUUAAUGACUUUAAUUUAGAUAAUCAUGAUGAUACAGAUGAUUCACAACAAAUUCAACAAGCGUCAGUUUGGCAAUCUGAACAUCAUGGUGCAUUAGAUGAAAUUAGAAAAUUUUAUGUAAAGAUGCUUUUAAAAGUACGCGAAGGUCACGUACUACCGGGUAAUAUUAUGAAAACUAUGGCAUUAUCGAUCACUUGUCUUUUAGAAAAUUUUUCAUAUUAUUUGUUGUCGAAGCUAAAUAUCAACGUUGAUAAUGUCAUAUCGUAUAAUUUUAAUAAUGAUAUUGAAAAAAAUAUAUUUGAAAUAUCAAGAAAUGAAGAUUCUUUCAUCGCCGCUUGUCAAUCGUAUUUUAAAUUUGUUAAACCUAAAGAAAUCUUAUUGCCAACAGGUAGUAAGGCUUAUUAUAUUCCAUUGCAUCAGCUCUUGAAGAACUUAUUUGAAACACAAGGUUUUUAUGACUGUGUUAAACAAGAAAAAGAGCUUAUAUCACAAUUUCAUGGACAAGAUAUUAUAUAUCAUUAUCAGAAUGCAGAAUUCGGACGUCAACAUCCUGUACUUCAACACAAAACUAAUUGUUUCUCAUUGCAAUUAUAUUCUGACGACUUAGGUGUUGUUAAUCCAUUAAUGGGUAAGAAUGCUAUACAUAAAUUGACAACAUUUUAUUUUUCAAUAGAUGAUCUACCAGCACGUCAUAAUUCUUCACUCAGUGCUGUACAUUUAUUAUUAUUAUACUAUAAAAAAGAUUUUGAUGAUGAAAAAAAUCGCAAAAUUUUAUUUGCACAACUUAGUAAAGAUUUGAACAGUCUAGAAGAAGAUGGUCUUAUAUUGCCUGGUGACAAAAAUCCAACGUAUUUUACAAUUAGUACAUUAUGUGCUGACAAUUUAUCAGCUCAUGAAUUAGGAGGAUUCACAAAAACAUUUACUAGUGGUUAUUGUUGCCGUUAUUGCUUUACAAAUCACAAAGAUAUGAAAUACAUUUAUAAAGAAACUCAAACAUCUAUUCGUACAAGUGCAUCUUAUGAUCUUCAGUUACAGCAUAUUCAAACAGUACCUUCAGAUAAAUCGUUGUAUGGAAUUAAUGAUUUAUCACCUUUAUCAUCAAUAUCAUCAUUUCAUCCUAUUAUGUCAUUGCCUCCCGAUUUGAUGCACGACGUCAUGGAAGGUGUCAUGCCGAAAUUAACUGGUUGCCUACUACAUGUCAUUGUGUCAAGUCGAUUACAUACAUGCUCUCAAGUAUGUCAAAUGAUAAAUAAAUUUAAUUUUGGUAAUAAUGAUAAAAGAAAUCGGCCAGUUGCUUUCAAAGAGAAAGACAUUUCAGAAGGAAAUGUUAGAGGUAAGGCUAUGGAAAAAUACUGCCUGUUUUUGAAUUUACCAUUUAUAUUUUAUGAAAUUAUUGAUAAAAUUCCAUAUUGGUUUUUAUAUGAAUUAUUACGUGAAAUAUGGGAUAUUUUAUAUGCGGACCAUCCAAGAAAAUCUUGGUUGUCUACUCUUGAAGUAUUGAUCCAGGAAUUUUUACAAUUGUUUCAAACAAUUUUUCCUGAAAAUUUCGUUCCUAAGUUUCAUUUUUUACUCCAUGCAGCACGUAAUACAGCCAAAUAUGGUCCAUUAAAGCGACAAAUGAAUUUACGUUAUGAAGCAAAACAUCAUUUGUUAAAACAGAUGUCCAAUCGCUGUAAUAAUUUUAUCAACUUACCCUAUACUAUUUCUAAACGUAUUCAACUUCGUCAAUGUUAUGAAUUAAUUGAUGAGAAUUUACUUAAAUUGAAUAAUAUUAGUGGAACAAUUCGUAAACGACGAACAACAAGCUUCAAUUUAUCAAUACAAAAUAUAUUAUUUAAUGAUCGUUUAUUUGCUCAUCGUGAUGUUGUUCAUAUCGUUAAAUGGAUAAUAAUGGAUAAUAUUAAAUUUAAAGUUGGCGAUUUUUUCGUUGGUUUUCUAUUAGGUGGAGAAGAAAUUCCAAUAUUUGUCAAGAUUAAAUAUAUUCUCAAUAUGUCCGAACAAUGGAAAUUUGUGGUUCAAUGUUUCGACACAGUCACUUUCAAACAAAAUUUGUGGUGCUUUGAAAUCAAACCAUCAAAUAAUAAUCUUAUCUUUAAUAAAUUUUCGAUGGAAUGGAAUUAUCAAGAUGUUUCUUAUUGGCUAAUGGAAAAUGGAUUCGAAAAAUUUAUAAAUAAAUUUCAAGAAGAAGAAAUCGAUGGUUUAUCUCUUUUAAAUUUAAGUUCAUCAUCUAUAGAUGAACUUUUAUCGAUCAAUACUGCUGCUGAUAUUGUUAAGAAACCAACUAUUGGUGUGAAAACAACAUUUCUAAAGAAACUCGAGAUAUUAAAAUCUGAUGUUUUUUCAAGUGUUGACAAUAUAAUAACAUUAAAUGAAAGACAGUCAGAUGUGCUUAUCGACGAAUUAAAUUCUCAAAUACCAAAUGAUUUAUCGUUUGUAAACGAUUUAAAUGGUGAUGUUAAUCGUGAUGAUACUGAUAAUCAAAAUCAUUCGUUAGAGUUUUUAUCAGAUUCAUAUGUUUCAAAUCCACCGAAUGUUCGAUCAACAAAAGCUUCUGCACGUUUAUCAACAAAAGCUUCUACAAGUUUAUCAACAUCACCAUCACAUACAUCAACUACUACUACAGUACUUGAUGAAAUAUCAGAUAAUUCUUCGUGUACAUCAAGAAAUCAACCAACAAAAAAAUUUCCAUUGAAUUAUUCUCUACCAUAUUUUGAUACUGCUUUUGAAAAAGCUGCAAAUAAUCCAUCUAUAGAAGAGUUUGGUCUUCGUUGUAGAAAAAAACAGCAAUUGGUUAAAACUAUUCGUGAUGAUGUAGUAAAUACAUAUGGAAUCGAUUUUUAUCCGACAUCGUUUGAAUUUGAUCGAAUGGUUGUUAGUGUUAAAAAUAAAUACCCUGUAUUGACUAAAGUAUUUGGUGAAGAUAUGAGUCUGUUAACGUCCGCGUUGAAACAACAAUUUUCUCGUGACCGCCAGAUAUCUGGCUGUGUAUCUGAUCUUUUAUUGAAAAAAAGACAGUCUCAUGGUCAUAUUUUAUCUGGACGGAAGUUGAAAUUUGUUAAAGUUGAUUUAGUAUCUCAUCGUGAAUAUUUAAUUGAAGAGAAACAACAAUCGGAAGAAUGUCUGAUGCAAUUGUUUCAACAAGCUGAAUCACUUCGUACAUUAGUAAAUACAACAAAUUAUGAUUACUCUGAAGUUAAAGCAAAAAUGGACAUUACAUAUCCACAUCGUCAACGUCUUGUACAUGAAAUGAAACCGGUAAAACAUAUUCUGGAAUUGUAUCCAGCUUUAUCAGUAUCUAAUCUGAUUAUUCGUGAAAUUAAUGUCCAUUAUGAUCCAUUCGAUGGAGAUAUUAUUCAAACAUUAAAAUCUAAUUUUACAAAAUUAUUUAAUUAUACAGAUAAUCCACAAAAAGAAAAUAUCACUGAAGAUGAACGACCAUUUUUUAUUUUGGAACAUUUGAUAAUGAAACGCUAUAAACAUUCAAAGAAGUUAUUAUUAAAUCAAGAAGUUUUAGAUGCCUAUCCAAUGAUUCAAGUGCACAAAAAUAAUGAUAGUACAAAUUAUUCCAUUAUUGUUGAAUAUAAUCAAUUGACCAUAACAACUUCUCAAGUGGAAGCUGUGGCUAUUUUAAUUGGGUCUUACGAAAUUUUCAAUAUAGAAUAUCCAAAAAAGAUUCGUGCAACUUUGGAGGUUUUACAUGGAUUAUCAUUCAAAAAGCGAUCAUUUUUUCUGGCGGUGGCUGCUAAACGAUUUUUAAGUGAAUUUAAAAUAAAUGCAAAUGUAAAGUAA